AAAAUAAAUAUUUUCCAGCCAAUUUUUCCUUUUUUCUUUAUUUGUUUGGGGCUCUGGAAUAUAUUCAAUUUCACACACAAACACACACAAAAAAACUGAGUUUUUUUUUUCUUUGUAUUUUCAUUUUGAUCGUAAUGACAGGAGAAACGGGUUCAGAAUUGUGAUUGAAAUUCAUCAGAGCCAUCUCUAAGAAUCAAAUUCUGGGCUUGCACAAGUAGAAAUUCAUUAAUGAUAUGGAGAUAACGGAGAUUAGCGAAUAUGGUAAUGGUGCUCAUUAGUUUUUGAUUGCGUGGCAGUUGCGAAAAUGGAAUGUAAUCGAGAGGCUGCCCUCAAGGCUAAAGAGUUGGCAGAGAAGAAAUUUGAGGAACAAGAUUUUUCUGGGGCAAAACGAUUUGCUAUAAAGGCUCAAAGCUUGAAUCCAGAGCUUGAUGGGAUUUCUCAAAUGAUAUCAACUCUUGAUGUCUACAUCUCUGCUGAGAAGAAAACAAAUGAGGAUGUGGAUUGCUACAGGGUCCUUGGUGUGGAUUCAUUGGCUGAUGUUACCACAAUCAGGAAUCGUUUCAAGAAAUUGGCGCUUGUCAUUCACCCUAGUAAAAACAAAUCUGUAGGAGCAGAUGGGGCUUUUAAAAUUCUGUAUGAAGCCUGGAGGUUGUUGUCUGAUAAGGAUCGCCGAAUUCUUUAUGACCAGAAGAGGAAUUUAAGGUGUAAGUCUGAAAAUGGCUUGGACCAGAGAACAUCAGUAUCUAAUGGAAAAAAUGGUUUCCAUAAUCAAUCUCAUGGAAAUGGUUCGCUCCAACAGGGUUUUAAAGGUGCUACUUAUUCUGGGUCUUCUCCAGCUUCCGCUGGUCCAGUGAAACCCUCAUUUUGGACUCUAUGCAAUGCUUGCAGGACGUACUUUGAGUACCAUAGAGUUCAUCUCAAUCACAAGGUUUCAUGUUCCAACUGCCGUCAACCCUUUUUUGCUAUCGAGAUACCUGCCCCACCAAUCAAUUUCAAUGAUGUAUCUAGUGAGUUUACCAUUAAGAAUUCUGUUUCAGCUCAAGUUGCAGGUGGUUUUCGUUCAAAAACUGAGAAAUCGAAGAGGAAGUAUGAAGGUACCUUGUUAGAUAGUAAGGAAGUAUUGAAUAAUGCAAGUGGUAGAUUGAAUACAACGCCCUCUGUUGUUGGUUUGAAUACUGGGUCUUCUGGUGUUGGUUUGAAUACUGUGUCUUCUGGUGUUGGUCUAGACAUCGAAUCCAAAGAAGAUAGGCUUCAUAAAAAAAGACGAAAGAGUGAGCAAAAGAUGGAAAAUUCUGUGGGAGUUGGAAAUGGGAAUGUACCUGGCAACUGUAAAACUAACCGCUUUAGGGAAUUUUCACUGCUUGAAAUGCGGAAUAUGCUUCAGGAGAAGGCUAAGACAGUGAUUAGAGAGAAGCUUAAUGAAUGGAGAAUGGCUGCUGCGUUGAAAGUCCAAAAUCAAUCGAAGGAAGUCAGGGAGAAUGAGAAAGGAAAGAAAGAAGCUAACAAACCUGUUGUAAAAGCUCAUAUGAGUAAAUGUGAUAAUAAGCAUGUAGAUCGCAAGAAGGAAGAGCACGCUGCAAGGACCUGCCUUGUGAAUUCUAAUGUGAGCUCUAAAACAAAUAGUCCUCCUCCAGUAACAAUGAGUGUUCCAGAUCCUGAUUUUUAUGAUUUUGACAAGAAUCGAACGGAAAGGUCAUUUGGCGAUAACCAGGUUUGGGCUGCAUAUGAUGAAGAUGAUGGGAUGCCUCGUUAUUAUGCAAUGGUUCAUCGUCUAAUAUCAACUGAACCCUUCAAAAUGAAGAUCAGUUGGCUUGCCUCCAAAGGCAACGGUGAACUGGCCCCAUUAAAUUGGAUUGCUUCUGGUUUUCCUAAAACUAGUGGGGAUUUCCGAAUAGGAAAGCAUGAAGUUUAUAGCUCUCUUAAUUCCUUCUCACACCAAGUUAAGUGGACUAAAGGCACAAGAGGAGGCAUUUUGAUUUAUCCUGCCAAGGGAGAUGUUUGGGCUCUGUAUAAGAACUGGUCCCCUGAUUGGAAUGCUCUUACUCCAGAUGAAGUCAUACACAAGUAUGACAUGAUGGAAGUACUUGAAGAUUACAACGAAGAGCGGGGUGUGACUGUUGUGCCACUUGUUAAAGUAGCUGGUUUCAAGACAGUGUUUCGCCGUCAUCAGGACCCAAGUAAAAUCAGGACAAUUCCCAGAGAACAGAUGUUUCGGUUUUCUCACCAGGUUCCUUCUUACUUGCUUACAGGUAAUGAAGGUCAGAAUGCUCCUAAAGACUGUUGGGAACUUGACCCUGCAUCUACACCUUUGGAGCUUCUUCAAGUAAUCUCUGACGAAAACAAUGGAGGAAUACCGGUGGAAAAUUUUGAAUACCCCAAAGUACAGGAACUAAUAGAGAAUGGGAAAACAAAUACUGAAAAGGGUCUGGCACUAGAUUCUGAAAAAGAAGUUGUAGCAGAUGUUUCAAAGGGGGAGGAGAAGGAAACCAUAGAAAACAAAUUGAAAGUAUACAAACGUAAAUGUAGACAGCAAAAGGGAAAGAAAAUACAUGAGAAUACUCUCUGAUUUCCAAUCUAGUAGAGGCUUGAUCAUACUGGAAGGGAUUUUUACUUGUUCAACUAUUCAUACAAAGCUCACAAAGUAUUCUAACAAGGUAUAACAGUUUUCUGUUUUUAGUUUAUUUGUUCUUCUUUGGUGUAUUGACAGUGGGAUCUAGUAGAGUUUGCAGACAGUUUCAGAAGGAACUUUUGCUUAAUUUCUCAGACACCCUUCUAAAGAAAUAAUUCCUUGCAGCUGGCCUAAUUUGAGGACCUUGGAGCUAGCUUCAUGGCUUAUUUUUUGUGCACCUCAUAAUCUUUUUCAUUGUUUUUUUUUUUUUUUUCAAUUUGAAGUAAACUACAUAUGUUAGACCUUGUUAGUUUCAUGCUUUUCUAUAGACUACAUCCCUGUGAUCAAUCUUAUUCAUUUUUUUUGGGAAUAUUUAGUUCUGAAUAGUGAAUCUUGUACAGACCACAGUAUUUUUUUGGAGAAGUAAGCUCUGUAGAUUGAGCCUAUUUUUCCAUAAAAAGUUUAAGUUAAAUGCCUUCCUUCUUCAUUCUGGUUCAUGUUUGUGUUUUAUAUAAUUGGAUUGGAUAUACAGGUAUUUGUAUUAGUUUUAGUCAAUAUAUUUUUAUUCAAUAA